GGGCAGACCACAUUGCCAAGCGUUCGUGGACGGAUCAGGCAGGCCUGGUUGAGUUUCAGAGUUUCAGUUUCACUCGACAAUUUGCUCAAGCCGUUGGUGUUUUCGUCAGAUUUCUCGAGGACGUUCACAGUCAGUGGGUGGUGUGCUAGCUGCAUUGUGUGCUCUUAGCAACUUUGUGAGCAACUAUAGUUGCUUUGUGCUUGUGGGAAUCGACUAUUUACUAUCCUAUUCGGUGAUUAUGUUUGAGUGGCGUAACAUUUUCGUGGUACUCUUUGUAGGAUUAUUCUGGACAUGUAAUCGAUGUGAAGGACGUUCGGUGAACAUCAGCAACACAUGGACAUUGCCACAGGACGGCUUUGCCGUGUUCUACCGCUUCUUCCGGGAUAAAAUUUCAUGGUUCGAGGCAGAUGCCGUGUGCCAGUUCCAUCAUGCUAAUCUAGUCACAGUUGACAAUGGACAACAGUUUGAUGCCGCUCGGGAGUUCUUAAAGGUGCUGGAUGUGACAGACACAGUUUGGAUCGGCCUCAUGAGACCACAGAAUUCCGAACGCUUUACAUGGUCGAACUCGAAACCCUUGGCUUCCACGUCCGGCUAUUGGGCUGAAUCAUUGCCACUUAUUGAGUCACCUCUCUGCGCUGUCAUUGAUCCAGUUAGGGACUUCCGAUGGCAUGCCCUUAGAUGUGGAGGACCGGAGACAGCAUCCUUCCUAUGCGAGAUGAAUGUGCCAAGCUGGGCGUUGGAGUGUACAAUCCAUGGAAUGUCGAAUUUGACUAUUCAGUAUAUGGCGGAUAAUGGAAGCGUUGAACUGACGAGGGAUUGCGGUGAAGACGAGAUUUUGCAUCAGAUUUGUAAAGGCAAGCAGGACCGGCAACGAGUCGCUGAAGAGCUGACCUGUAAAUCUGAGCGCCAAACAUCACCUGAAAUGAAUGCUCUAACCGGCAUUAAUCUAGCUGAAACCCAUCACAAGUCACUGGUGAUUAUUAACAACAUGCCUACCGACAACAACGAGGACAACAAUAUUCACUUCGAUAUUCAAGAGAAGGAAGAAAAAAAGGAGCCGGAAACGAACCCCGUUCAAAAGCUGAUUGAACAAUUCAAUGUUGAGGAGCUGAUGCAAGCUGAUCAGCCACAAGAAAUUUUGCCGAAACCAACGAAGAAGGCGAUGAAGAAAGUGAAAAUUAAUGAGAAGAAAGAUUGGUCUGUGAAGAAGCAAAAGCCGGUGAAGGAGAAGUCUCAAUUGAACAUGGAAGAAAUGAUGUUGGGGGACCAACCCAGUGUUAAUUUCAAUCAAAUUCAGGAGCCCUUGCCACAUAUUAAGAAGAGUUUUCCUCAGGAUCUGAAAUAUCAGGUGACGCCAGCAUCACCUGUAAUUAGCACGACUGGAGUAAGUGAGUCCGUAUCUACAGAGAAAGUGGAAGUUACAACCCAACAUUACUUCGAGGAAACCUCUGGGUCGUAUAGCUCUCCUUCCACAGAAAACUCAGAAAGCAGUGCCAGCACGUCAUUUUCUACCGAGUUAAUCACAGAAAGGACUACUGAUCACGCUACAUCAAUAGAAACAGUUCAGCAGUCACAGGCAACCGACGAGCCAGCUCACACUGUUCAUCCAAAAGAGCAUAGUGACAACCAUUUCAUUCCACCAAUGCUUCUGGUGAAAUCACACUACACUUCUCUCAAGCCUCACCCAGAAGGCGAGACCGCCCCCAUCACUAAUCUCAAAGUGGAAAGCACUACCCUGAAUCACGACAUUACUUCGCAAACAACUUUUGGCACCACGAUGAAUUCAACGACACACACAACCCUCAUUACAGACAGUGCUAAAGUUGCGAAUACAACAUUCCAACCAUCCCAGGCAUCGCAAAAUACCCAACAUCACCAAAUUGUCGAGAUAAAAAUCGGCAGUUCUGAGAAUCCUUCAGUGUUUUCCAUCACCACCCGCCCAACCACCACUACUUCCACCUCUCCCGUAACACAAGAUUCAACCAUGGCUAAUCCCAUAACAGAGACCGAAUCAAAUGUCCACUCGGAUCCUUCCUCGACCAGAGUUCAGACCGAACAACAGCAACCGACCCAAAGCCAUAAUGAAAUUCCUGCUGCAAUGGUUAACACAAACUCGGAAGCUACUUCGGAGCAGACGGACUCGCAGGAGACGCAUGCAAAGAACAAGUUUUCCAACGAGGAAAACUACCAACCCUAUCGACCCAACCGACGACGCUCCCUCACUAAACCCGAGACAACAAACUAUCUCAAGAAAAUUCUUGGAUAAUUGAUUUAAGGUAAGACGGAGCACAUGUGGGAGAUUUUACUAUCGAGUGUCUAUCGAUUUAAGUUGCCAAAGAAACCAGUGAAUACCAAGGACAGUAGAUAAGCUGAGUAAAACUAUUUGAAUACUUGACUGAGCUGAAAUAACAUAAAAUAAACUAUGACCUAGGAUACGAACACGAACAGAAAAUGAACAGUUUAAAUAUUAUAUUGCACUUUGAGAAAACAUGUUUGUAAUAACCUAGAGGGGGUAAGUAACGUCGCUUCGGGAGGGUUGAUUUUGUUGUUGUAGUUUUUGGGAGCAUAAGUGGGUUCCAUUAGCCCGAGGACCCGCACCAGCAGGGAAGGAGUUGAGCUAAUCUGUUUGCUUUAAUCUAAUUAAAUUCAGAGAUGAGGACGAGCCACCAUCACAUUCACUGAAGGGCAAGUCUGAUCUUUGAAAAAUGAACUCCGAAACGAGAUGCUCGUGAUAAGCUUAAGGACUUUCAGGAUGGAGCCGACACAACAUUCUCUCCAAUUACUUGUAAAUUAAGUCCUGCUAAAAACUUUUCUUUUUGGUAAUGUCUGCCUGCGUCAACUUUGUAUCUCGUCGGCACUGCCUGCAGGGCUUAAACAACAUGAAAACCACUUAAGAGCUUUAACGGAAACCAAAGAGCAUCACCGCAGACGAACCUUGUGUUCCCAAUUUUGUUUGACAGAAUACAAACAACAAAGAACUUCUUUUCGAGUUUACCAGCAUUUUUACUAGAGACAAAGUAGAAUUCAAUCACAAUUUUAAGCAAUUAGCACAUUCAGAUACAAAAACAAAACAAAAGGGAUUCAGAGAGCAGUGAGGACCUUAAGGACAUACAAACAAUUCCGUGGGAUUCACAAGAAAUGAGAGGAAAAUGGAAAAUUACGAAGAUAAUUUAUAAUUUGAUGGUUAGCAAAUUGAUGAGUACGAUGGAAGGAUAGAAGGAACUAACUAAAUAUUAAGACGAUUUUAUUGGUUUUAAACAAUUAAGAGAAUUAUUACUAAAUGAAAAGAUUGUUUUUGUGUUUUCACUACUUGAAGUUUAUAUAUAAUUACCAAGCAUUUGGAGUAAAAAGACGAAAUAAAUAAAGAUAAUAGUAGAA